GCCAAGACUGGAGGUUUGCUAAAAAACUAUUUGGACAAAUAUUCGUGUCAAAGCAGAUCGGACCACAGUGGGUUUAAAAGCAAGUAUGUGGAUAAAGGGCAGACUUUCAGCUUGCAUUCGAGGGCUUUAACAAAAGUGUAGUGUGAACAGGAACUGCAUCCACUUUUAUACAAGUUCCCACUUUGAGAGGCUCACAAAUAACUGGGCGAACUAACAUAGUGCAAAUCCGUUUCCUGCCAGGUCUUUACCUCAGCUGUUGCUUCUUUGUGCAUCUUUAACAACACUGCAACCAUUGAGCAUGUCCUAUUUAGUUGUGUUGCUGCUUUGCUUCAGGCCGUUUUCAUUGUGAGGCUGCAGCAGUAUCACUUCACUGCGUGUUUACUUUGCCGUAACACACCUUCGGGAUUUCUGAAGUAUUCCACGCUGGAAUUUCAGACGCUUCAUUGUGUUAUUAAAGCAGUUUGGUUCCGUUUCAAAGGGCGAAUAACAUCUUGUACAAAGUUUCACAUCCGUUUAAUCAGUGUCGUAAGUUCUCACGCUGCACGGGCACGUCCGUAGGAAUGAUGAUGUCACGGAUGCUCCGGUGACCGAAUAAGGAAGCUGACACCCGAAAGAUUAGUUUCAGAGUAGUUUUUAAUUUGCAGCAGACGAAGGCUGCCGUGUGUUUGUCCUCGCGUGGGGAAAGUCACCGCCGCCUCUGACAUCAGUGUGAUGUAGUUGCUGCUGUAGUUUCUUGAGGAAAGAGAAAAGAGGAAGCAGUUCCGCCCAGAAGCUGACUGGAGGCCGACGAGAAAAGAGGCGAAAGAAGAAAAGAAAAGGCGACGGCGAUCUGCUACAGUCCCGCUGUAAGGCCCAACUCAAAGCAGACCCGUCGGUGCGUGUUAUUGUGCUGCGUGGACAGUGGGACUCCGUCAGGACUUUGCUUUACAGUUAGCAGGCUUGCUGCGAGACCGGGAUUUAACGCGCCCCUGAGGUCCUGCGGUGAGCUCGGAGAGGUUCUGGUCCGGACUGAAAAUGAGUGGAGACGAGGAAAGAUUCAAACUGGUGGUUGUGGGGGGAGGAGGAGUGGGAAAGAGCGCCCUUACCAUCCAGUUCAUCCAGUCGUACUUUGUGUCCGACUACGACCCCACCAUUGAAGACUCCUACACCAAGAUCUGUACCGUGGAUGGAAAGGAGACCCGGCUUGACAUCUUGGAUACAGCAGGUCAGGAGGAGUUUGGUGCAAUGAGGGAGCAGUACAUGCGGUCUGGAGAAGGCUUUUUACUGGUGUUUGCACUCAAUGACCGUGGCAGCUAUCAUGAAGUCCAGAAGUUCCACACCCAGAUCCUGAGAGUGAAAGACAGAGAUGAUUUUCCCAUGGUGCUGGUUGGAAACAAGGCAGACCUGGAACAGCAAAGAGUGAUACCCAAGGAGGACGCACAGGCGUUUGCCAGAGAGAACAGGAUCCACUACAUGGAGGCCUCGGCGAAGAAUCGCUUCAAUGUUGAUGAAGCCUUCUUGGAGCUUGUGCAUAUUAUUAGACAGUUUCAGGAGAUGGAGAGCCCUCCUCCAACUCAUCACACAGGGAAGGAGAAAAGUCGUGGCUGUCCCUGUGUCAUCCUUUAAGCACUAUUAUUACGAAUACCAAAGCCUCAUUCCUCUGCAGAAAGGUGUUUUUGUGUGUACAUAUGAGUGUGUAUGUGCGCAAGAGAGAAGGUGGAUCAGUUUCUUUCCAGAUGAUUACAUUUGCACUUUUGUUAAAAGCAACAUUUAAUUUGGUUUAAUUUUAAAUAGAGAACUGAAAGGAAGAGGUGUGAUCAGCAGCAGGGCGGCACUUGUGACGCAGAUUAAUAAUAACGUUACAACACAAAUCAUAAUUUGUGUCCACAAAUAGAAAUAUCACCAAAAAAUGUAGUAUAUAAUUCACUCUUCAGUGAUGCUAUUUUAAACAAAUCCAGAUACCAGCAUCUGCAACACCACGGCAUCCAUAACUGUCUGAAGAAAUGACAUUAAAUGUGCUAUGUGCAAAAAUUAGCAUGUCAUAAAUGGACAAGUGCUGAUUUUCCCCUUAGCAUGGUUAAGUCGUAAGGGCCAAAGCGAUGCCAUUUUCCAUGCCCUCCUGCAAAGGGGCAGGAGAGCUCCAAAGAAGUAUUAUUAUUCAAGACAAAAAGAAGAAUCAUAGCAGAAGCUGGAGUCAGUCUCAAAAGACGAACAAUAUUGAAUACAUCCAUGAAUAACAUGUCAUUUAAGAUCCUGAUCAAAUGACAGUAUUGGCCAUGUGUUGUGCGAUGGCUGCAUCGUUGCAUCGUGGUACUCUAUACUAUGUAUUUGGGGGGUUUUGUACUUUUUCUUUGUAUUUCUCUACUUUAUCAUCGUAAUUGUGAAAAUGCAGUAUAAGCGUUUUGAGUGCUCCAGUGUAGUAGAAAGUGCUACAGAAGAACCUGUCCAUAUACUGGAAGGGUGUGGUCACAACUUCGUGGGUCUCCAGGUGGCGAGAAGCUUGAUGUCCUAAGAACAGUUAAGAUACUGAACAGAACCCGAAAAUAUAUUGAAUUAAGUCACUUUUAUAAACUAUUAAAACAUUUAUCUGAACUUUA